UUCCAAACCAGCCCUGAGAGCUUCUAUCUAUUUGUAGUAUGAACUUUGCUUCCCAGUGGGAAGCACCCCAGUGACCCCUAAGUAUCAACCUCUUCAUUCUUCAAUUCAAUGCUGCCUGGGUUUUGGGGAUUAUUGCUGAGUGAGGAGUUGGAAGACAGUGUAGUUGAGAAAGACAAGCCUCUAAUAUCGCUUGAUUAGCAGUGAAGUGAGCGAAUUCCAAGUAAGGACAAGCUUCAUAGAAGUGAUGCCUCUAACACGCCGUCGAGGUAACUGAGAUCGGCGUACUCUGGUAGAUCUCGGGUAGAUCGGCGGAGGCGGGUACGACCACGGGUUGGUUGAACUCCGAGAGAAGCGAAUCAUCCCAGGACCCGAGGUCCGAUGGGUUGUAGUGAACGACGUCGUUUGCGAGCUGCGAGACCUCUGCUGGUGCGUUGACCAUGACAUUCUCGAGGCGUUCGAGUCGUUGGGCCACGUGUCGGAGAUCCGAUGACCGGACCCUGUACCCGGAUCCGGCAAGCAGUCCGUCAACCUGAUCCGGUGCUUUGCCGGCGGAUGAUGAUGAUGAGUUACGACCACUGCUGCUCAUGGAUGCAUCGUAGGGACCCAUGAUUGAUGUAUUCUGUGCCGUCUGAUCAGAUACGGAGCUUCGUUUCUUGCUGGGUUCCGGCGAUCAUUCCUGAUUUGAGAAAGAGAAAGAGGAGUGAAGGUAUGUGUAGAAAAACUCUAGCCGGCAGCGAAGGCAAGGUUGCCGGUCGACUGCCAGCCGGUGCGAAAAAAAUACACCAUACCAGGUUGAGGAAUGUGUCUGGUGCACCCACUGGUCAUGCUGUGGUGAUGCUUCAAUCUGAUGGGCAAAACUCUAUUAUUAUUGUUGGUGGUGCUAAUAUGUCUUGUUGGCCUGAUGCUAUGUGUGAUGAGGACUUGGUGGUUGUGAGGAAUGCUGGGAUUGUCUUGCUUCAGAGGGAAAUCCCUGAUUUUGUCAACAUUCAAGUUGCAAAGGUUAGGCUUUUGAUUUUUAUUUUUUCUUAUGUGCAUAUGAAGUCAUUGGUGGGAUUGGUUGAAAAAAAGGGGUAUUGGGUUGAUGAUUUUUUUGUUGCCUUAUGUGGAUUACAAUUACACACUUUGUAAAAGUUUUCUUGUAUA